AUGAGUGUUGAGGAUCCACAAGUAGUGCGGAACGAGAUAAUGGAAAUCAUCAAUUUUUAUCAGGAAAAGUUUAAAACCCUGACAUUUCUCACAUUGACAACGGAAAAUGGGAUUUAUCAUAAAAUUCGAGAAAUUCUUCUGCAGGAACUCAACAUAAAAUUAGAAAUUUUAUUCAAAAAAGAUCAAAAAGCAUUCAUUAUGAUUGUGGCUGCGUUUUUUGGUCAGAAAUACGCACUUGAGGAAGUUUCGAAUGACGCGGGGAAAUCUUAUAAAAACACUAAUUUCUUGCCAUUAUGUAAAUAUCCAUUGCAUACCGUACUGGUUAUGUGUUUUGCUGCUCAUUCAAUGCAUAAACUGCUACUGAAAAACGAGAAUAAACAUGGAUUGAAACAAGAUAAAUAUCUCAAAUUGAAAGAACACUUGGAGGAAGUAUCUUGUAAAAUAAUUAAUCAUUUGUUCUCAAGUGAGAAUGAUGGAAAUGACAAGGCUCGUGCUGCUCUCCAAGAAGAAUGCAAUUUUUCGAAUGAAGGAACCUCGGAACAGAACGGAAUAACCAUUUACCGAGAUUACUUGAAUCGUAAAUUCGAAAAAAGUAAAGAGAUAAUGGCGAUUGCUUACAAAGCAAAAGCAAUGAAGUUUCUCUCUCAAAAACCGUGUCAUAUUCUAAUGGAAGAACGAUACAACUCUCGAAAGAAUAUAGGAAAUACAUUAGUUUCUAACGAAAACACUCAUGAUCAGGCUCAUGAUCAGACCCAUCAAAAAUAUUUCAAUUGGAGACUCAGUAUGAAAUAUAAACGAUGGAUGCAUGUGAUUUCUCGUACAGCAUACAUCAUCUUAUUCGCUUACAUGCUCUGCCGUUUCCCAAUUUACGCUGACUACGGAAAAUUAGAAACUCGAUCAUGGAAGGAUAUAUUUCCAUUGACCUUUGUUUUAUCUGUUCUCUUCGCUCAAAUUACUAUGACUGCCAUCAAAUUCACGGAUUAUAUGAACUACGAGACCAGUGUAAGCGAGAAAGAAACAGUUAAAAAGAAUAAUGAUGAUCGAUCGAAACUGAAAAUAAAACGAAAGAGUUGGGCUAGACUUCUUGUGAAAUAUUCUGAGAACAACCAACUCGCAUUCUGGAGAAGUAUAUUAGUUGUUACCUUAUACAUUCUGGAAUCCAUCCGAUUAGGAUAUUACUCGAACGCCCAUAAGAAGAAACCAACAGAUCUGAAUAUUUGGCACGGUGGUUGGGUGCUCGUUCCAAUACUUCUCGAACUUCUUUAUUGUUCACUUUUUAUUAUUGCAACUGUCUCAUCCAUCCGGUACUUAUAUUCAUUUCAUUCAGUUGGAUUCUUCGUUCACAUGAUCAAAAAGAUGCUUAAAACUGUUUUUGUAUUCACCCUGACAUUUUUGUUGUUUUGGAUUGUGUUAGCAGUAGUUUAUGUCAGUAUUUCAAGAACAUUCACAAACUCUGAAAACACCAUAAUCCACACAGUCACUUCGAUCGGAAAAUUUGAAAUAUUUGGAGAAGUUCAAGACAAUGAUAGACUUGGAAAACUAGAUGGAUGUGGCAAUUUCAACAGAACCGUAUUGGACUUUUUCGAUAUGGAAUACACGGAAGCAAGUUGUCUCUUUCGUAGUUCUAUCAUACCUUUUCUAGUGUUCGCUUACAUUUUUGUGACUGGAAUUCUUCUGAUUAACUUGCUCACAGCUCAAUUAACAAAAGAAUACGAAAAUGAGUCGGAGAACAGUCGGUAUUAUGAUGGGUAUCUUCGAUAUGAACAGCUUGCGAAAAUUGAGUCCAAGUUGUACUUGCCACCGCCAUUUUCAUGGAUUUAUGUUGCAUUUCGUGUCUUGAUCAGUAUUCUAUUAUGUGGAUGUCACAAACCAACUCAGACAGCUCAUCCAACGUCUUCAAGUUCGUUGCCAAAUGCUGCUACAGAUGAUAUCAGAAGCAGUCGAUCUGUCGAAACGGUUCCGGACGAUGUCAAUUCUCCUUUUGUCCAAGCGAUUGAUUCUUCUUCUGUCAAAACGAUCGGUUCUCAGUACAUUUCGUUUGUCUAUACAAUUUGGAAGAUGACUGUCGAGAAAAUUGAAGGAUCCCCAUGGGGAACUGCCUGUGCAACUGUGAAUCGUAUUAAAUAUAAAGACGAAGUCGUUAAAUUUCUGAAAAAAUCAUCAGACGAAAUCUGGGAGAAACUGAAAGAAAUCAUUCAAUCUUGCGAGAGCAAAGAGGCUGAUGAGACGAUUUUGAUAGAAGCACAACAUAAAAUAGUUCAAUUGUUUGAAAAGGAAAAGAAUACGGAAAUAGAACGAAUAAUGGCCGAGUCAAAAAUGGAGGCAGACGAAAUCUGGGAAAAACUGAAAGAAAUCAUUCAAUCUUACGCAAAAAAAGAGAUUGAUGAGACGAUUUUGACAGAAGCACAAAAUGAAAUAACUCAAUUCUUUGAAGAGGAAAAGAAGAAGGAAAGGGAACGGAGAAUGGUCGAGUCAAGAAUGGAGGUUAUAGCUAAUUUACCCUAUGUAGACGAAGAAGAAGACGAUCGUUCCAUUCCAACUCCUCUACCAACUACGGAUUUAUAA